UGGCAGUUGUAGUGGAAAGGGCUGAGCUUCAUAUAAAUGUUUGCAGGCUACAAACUGACAAUUUAGAUCGCAUCCCCGAGAUCUCUGAAUUCAGAUUUACAGCAGAUAUGUCUACCAUCACUACUGUGGCACUCUUGGUUUUGCUGAUCAUCCAUGAAGGUAUCAGUGUUGGGGGUCCAGAAAUAAGUCCGCGAUGUCAGUGCAUCACGACGGAAAAAAGGAAGAUUGGUCGUUUAAUUGGAGAGGUGGAAGUGAGGCCUGCAAACUCACACUGCACUGAAAUAGAGAUCAUUGCCACUCUUAAAAAGGAUGGACAAAAGAUUUGUCUGGACCCUGAUGCUCCAUGGGUCAAAAAAGUGCUUGCCAAUAGACCAGCUGUGCAGACAACUUGAAGAGCAAACCUUCCCAGAUUUGGUUCAGAUGGAAGAAGGACAGAUUUUCAGCAUCCCCAAUGAUGAAAUGGGAGGAUGGGUUGCACUGACGGGGCACAAAGUUUGGCUGUUAUAUUUCAAAGGUGGCAUUUAGAUCAUCUGUUCCCAAAUUUUCUGUUUCCUGAGCAAGAAAGGAAGGCACGGUGACACAAACUUAUAUUCUGAACAAUAUGUUAACCAUCAUAUGUCUACUUACUGAACAGGAUGGUAUUUCUACAAGAAAUGCAAAUUAUUCUAUUUCAAAUGUGAAGCGGAGUAAAUGUAAACAUACGUAUACUGUAUGUUUUAUGUAAAACAUUAAGACAAUGAUUGUGAAUAAACUGAUUUUACAAAUCACAAA